AUGGCGGAGAUUGAUAUUGAAUACGUACUCUCAGAGCUUACCUUGAAUGAGAAGGUGUCAUUACUCUCAGGAAUCGAUGGCUGGCACACAGCCGCCAUUCCACGACUUGGAAUCCCGUCCAUUCGCAUGUCAGAUGGACCAAGUGGUGUUCGAGGAACUCGCUUCUUCAAUGGAGUUCCCGCAGCCUGUCUACCAUGCGCUACCGCACUAGGUGCCUCAUUUGACUCUGAGCUCAUCUUCUCUCUGGGGAAACUUUUGGGUCAAGAAUGCAAGGCAAAGGGAGCACAUGUCAUUCUAGGACCUACGAUCAAUAUCCAGCGAGGUCCACUUGGAGGUCGUGGCUUUGAAUCAUUCUCUGAAGACCCUGUGCUUUCCGGUUCCUUGGCGGCCAGUUAUUGUUUGGGUGUGCAGAGUGAGAAUGUUAUUCCGACACCAAAACAUCUUGUGUGCAAUGACCAGGAGCACGAGCGUGUUGCUGUCAGUGCGCUUGUCACUCAGCGCGCUCUUCGAGAGAUAUAUCUUCUUCCCUUUCGGUUAGCCAUGACUGGUGCCAAUCCUGGAGCUUUGAUGACAUCAUAUAACAAGCUCAACGGAUGCCACGCCAGUGAGAGCGCUGAUCUCCUGGAAGAUAUUGUCCGGAAGGAGUGGAAGUACAGCGGUCUUAUUAUGAGCGAUUGGUUCGGCACUUACAGUGUGUCCGAGGCCGUCAAUGCCGGACUAGAUCUUGAAAUGCCUGGCCCAUCCCGGUUUCGUGGGCCGGGCUUGGUGCAUGCUGUCACAUCAAACAAGGUCUCAGAGAGGACAAUCAAUGCCCGGGUCCGUGCUGUCUUGGAAUUGAUAAAACAGGCAAUCAGAUCAAAAAUCCCCGAGAAUGCACCUGAGGUCCAACGCAAUCUUCCCGAGGAUCAAGCAUUGCUACGCAGAGCCGCUGCUGAGUCAAUUGUUCUUCUCAAAAAUGACGAACAAAUCCUUCCUCUCAAUCCUGCCAAACGAACUCUCGUUAUUGGACCUAAUGCGAACAUCGCAGCAUACUGUGGCGGAGGAUCUGCGGCCUUGCCAGCUUAUUAUGCUAUCACACCUCUUCAAGGAAUCACCGACAGCUGCACAGGUGGUGUUACUUUCUCUCAGGGAGUGUACGGUCAUAGAGAGUUACCCCUUCUGGGAGACCAACUAAAGACAGAAGAUGGUCGGACGGGCUACAUAUUCACCGUGUUCACUGAACCCUCCUCCAACAAGAACAGAAAGCCGGUGGAUAUCCUAUACAUGAAGAGCAGCUCUGCCUUUUUGAUGGACUACAAAAAUCCCCAUGUUCACUCAGACCUCUACUACAUUACUAUGGAAGGAAUGUUCGAGCCCACUGAGACUGGGAUCUAUGACUUCGGCCUUACGGUAGCGGGUACCGGAGAGCUCUUCAUUGAUGGGGAAAAGGUUAUCAACAACAAAAUCAACCAACGACAAGGAACUUCGUUCUUCGGUAUUGGAAGGCCAGAAGAGCGCGGCUCCAAAUACCUCAAAGCAAAUCAACAGUACAAGAUUCUUGUUGACUACGGCACCGCACCGACUUCCAAUAUCAAACUCCAUGGGGUUGUGUCAUUCGGGCCAGGAGGGCUGCGAGUCGGCGGUUGCAAACGAAUCGAUGUUGAGUGUGCCAUUCAAGAUGCCGUCAAUCAGGCAGCUACUGCUGACCAGGUGGUAAUCUGUGUUGGGCUCAGCGGUGAAUGGGAAAGCGAAGGAUUCGACCGUCCACAUAUGGACCUUCCCCCCAUGUCAGACGAGCUAGUUGAAAGAGUCCUCGCUGUCAAUGUAAAUGCCGUGGUUGUUGUGCAGAGUGGCACACCUGUGAAAAUGCCAUGGGCACGGAAUACGAAGGCCCUUCUUCAUGCGUGGUAUGGUGGGAACGAAACAGGAAAUGGCAUUGCGGAUGUCAUCUUUGGGAAUGUGAACCCGUCCGGCAAACUUCCCCUCAGCUUCCCAGAGGUAAUUGAACAAAACCCGACAUAUCUGUCUUACCGCUCAGAAGGAGGAAGAGUCCUGUACAGUGAGGACGUCUACGUUGGCUAUCGUUACUAUGAGAAGGUUAAAGUGAAGCCCCAAUUCGCCUUCGGCUACGGCCUCUCCUACACAGAAUUCUGCCUGUCUGUGCUUGCCGUUUCGCAGCCAUUGCAGGCAUUGGAUAGUAUUAAGGAGGAAUUCCUGGAAGUUUCGGUCCUGGUGGAUAAUACUGGAUCUUGCAGUGGCGCAGAGACUGUUCAGGUUUACGUCUCACCGCCGUCCAACGCCCGCAUCGCGCGCCCCGUGAGAGAACUUAAGGGGUUCAAGAAGAUCAAAUUACAGCAGGGCGAGAAAAAAGCGGUUAUGAUUGCGAUCCCUCUUGCCUUGGCGACUAGCUUCUGGGAUGAAAGCAUUUCUGCGUGGCUCAGUGAAGCUGGAGAGUAUAAAGUCACUGUUGUUGGGACUGGUGACCACAACUCUCUCUCAACAGGACUCACGAUUUCCCAUACCAGGGAAUGGAGUGGUCUGUUUGGACCUGCCCUACCGGCUCAAUCAAUGCAUGUCAAUGGAAAUGGGAAGUAA